AUGAAGCUCGCUGUUUUCGCCACCCUUCUCGCCGCCGCUUCGGCUUUCUCCAUCAAGGCUGACCUUGGAAAGGCUGCCUGCGCUGGUGCCGUUGUCUUCGGUGUUGCCACCACCCCAGCCUUCGCCGCUGAUGUUGAUGCCGGAGAGACCGUCUUCAACGCCAACUGCGCUGCUUGCCACGCUGGAGGACAAAAUGUCAUCAUGCCCGAGAAGACUCUUGAGAAGGAGGCCCUCGAAUCAUACCUCUCUGGAGGACGUAACGAGAAGGCUGUCAUCAACCAAGUCACCAACGGAAAGAAUGCCAUGCCCGCAUUCGGAGGACGUCUCUCUGACGAGGACAUUGCCAAUGUUGCCGCCUACGUUAUCUCUUCUUCUGAAUCUGGAUGGGAGUAA